CUGUUUGUUUGCAUCGCUUGAGAGCUCCAGUGUUCCCCUCUCUCUCUCUCUCUCUCUCUCUCUCUCUCUCUCUCUCUCUCCAGCAUUAUAUGCACUCUUUCUCAUUUGCUCUUUACAUUUUCCCUCUCUCCUAUUGGUAGAGUUUGACCAAGAAUUUUAUUGUAAGGCACAAAUAAUCAAUCCAGAAAGAUGGAGAUAACCAAUGUUAUGGAAUAUGAGGAAAUUGCUAGGCAGAAAUUGCCAAAGAUGGUUUUUGACUAUUAUGCAUCAGGUGCAGAAGACCAGUGGACCCUCAAGGAGAAUCGCAAUGCAUUCUCUAGAAUUUUGUUUCGACCGCGCAUUCUUAUUGAUGUGAGCAAGAUUGACAUGACUACAAGCGUCUUGGGCUUCAAAAUUUCAAUGCCUAUCAUGAUUGCUCCAACAGCCAUGCAGAAAAUGGCUCACCCCGAAGGAGAGUAUGCAACAGCAAGGGCAGCUUCAGCAGCUGGAACAAUUAUGACGCUAUCUUCAUGGGCUACUUCCAGUGUGGAGGAGGUUGCUUCAACAGGGCCUGGCAUUCGCUUUUUCCAGCUUUAUGUGUACAAAGACAGGAAUGUGGUUGCUCAGCUUGUCAGAAGAGCUGAGAGGGCUGGAUUCAAGGCAAUUGCCCUCACUGUGGAUACUCCAAGACUUGGCCGAAGAGAAGCUGACAUCAAGAACAGAUUUACUUUGCCACCAUUUUUGACUCUGAAGAACUUUGAGGGCCUGGAUCUUGGCAAAAUGGACAAGGCCGAUGACUCUGGACUUGCUUCAUAUGUUGCCGGCCAAAUUGACAGGACACUUAGCUGGAAGGAUGUGAAGUGGCUUCAGACAAUCACGUCACUGCCCAUCCUGGUGAAGGGUGUACUGACUGCAGAGGAUGCAAGGCUAGCCAUACAGAAUGGAGCUGCAGGAAUCAUUGUAUCCAAUCAUGGAGCUCGCCAGCUUGAUUAUGUUCCUGCAACUAUUAUGGCAUUGGAAGAGGUUGUCAAAGCUGCACAAGGCCGUGUUCCUGUUUUCCUUGAUGGUGGAGUUCGCCGUGGUACAGAUGUUUUCAAGGCAUUGGCACUAGGAGCAUCUGGAAUAUUUAUUGGAAGGCCUGUGGUGUUCUCAUUGGCUGCUGAAGGAGAAGCUGGAAUUAGGAAAGUACUUCAGAUGCUUCGUGAUGAGUUUGAGCUAACAAUGGCACUGAGUGGCUGCCGCUCGCUCAGGGAGAUUACCCGCAAUCACAUUGUGACUGACUGGGACGUUCCUCGCCUAGUUCCGAGGUUAUAAGGCACCAUCACUCCCAACCGCUUACUGAAAUG